CGUAUAGGGAAAUAUAAGGAAGAAAACAGCACCGGUGAGAAACGUGGGUUGACUCUGUUCACCUGAACGAUGGCUGCCUCAGGGAAACUGGCGUCUUUCCGUCUGCCUCCCUUGCCUACUGUAGGCGAGCUCAUAAAGCUGUACAACCUGCGAGCUGAGAAACAGCUCUCCCAGAACUUUCUGUUGGACUUGAAGCUCACAGACAAAAUAGUGCGUCAGGCAGGCAGUUUGAGGGAUGCCCAUGUGUGUGAGGUGGGUCCUGGUCCCGGCGGUCUCACCCGUUCUAUUGUCAAUGCCGGGGCGGCGGACGUGCUUGUGGUGGAAAAGGAUACACGCUUCAUCCCAGGGCUGAAGCUGCUGUCUGAGGCAGCACCAGGGAGGUUGAGGAUCAUCCACGGGGACAUACUCACCUACAGAAUGGACCGAGGAUUCCCAGAAACUAUCUCUAAGCCAUGGGAGGGAGAUCCACCAAACCUUCACAUCAUAGGGAAUCUCCCAUUCAGCGUCUCCACUCCCCUCAUCAUUAAGUGGCUAGAGAACAUAGCCAACAGAACAGGGCCCUUCAUCUACGGACGCACCCGGCUCACCCUCACUUUCCAGAAAGAGGUUGCAGAGAGGCUGACAGCCAGCACAGGCAGCAAACAAAGAAGCCGUCUGUCCAUUAUGGCCCAGUAUCUCUGCACAGUCCGAAACUGCUUCACCAUCCCUGGACGGGCUUUUGUCCCUAAACCAGAGGUGGAUGUGGGAGUAGUUCACUUCACCCCUCUGGUUCAGCCCCAGAUCCAACAACCCUUCAAGCUGGUGGAGAAAGUCGUCCGGAACAUUUUCCAGUUCCGCAGGAAGCACUGCCAUAAAGGAGUAGAAAAGUUGUUCCCUGAGGCAUGUCGUGUAGAGCUGACACAGGAGAUGAUGCAGAAGGCAGACGUGGACCCCACUCUACGCCCUACAGAUCUCACCAUACCCCAGUUCAGGGCUUUAGCAGAUGCCUAUGCUCAUUUCUGCACCCAUGAACCCAGUCUCCUCAGCUAUGAGUUCAGAGAGGAGCUCAGACUGAAGCACCUCGCCAGGCAAAGAAACAAACCAAUGGACACAUUUAUGGACAAGCCAACCGGCACACCACCCAGUCCUCACUAAUAGCCUCUUUUAGCACAGAGAGACAACAGACUGCUCUUAUCCUUGACAUUUCCACUGGCAUAGGCAUGCAUUUUUAAAAACUUUUUCCCUGCACCCAGGGAGCAAUAGGUAACCUGGUAUACAUGAAAUACUGGAACAGAGACAAGAACCACAAGGCCAUAAAGAUCCUGGGUGGGUUGAAUCAGUUCCAAGACCUUUCUCCAGGAUAGGGCAACUCAAAGCAGUCAUGUGUAGUUACCCACAGUAGCUCUUUAACUGUGAGUAUCUCUGUAUUUCCCAAUUCUUACUUCAGAUCCAACUCGCAUAACACCUUGUCCUGUGGGACCUGAAAGAACCGUCAGUGUUCAUGGUGAUUUAGAAAAUGGGAACAACAUGGCAGCACCGGGUAUCCAGGCCGUUUUUUCCCUCCUCUCUAUGUACUGUAUUGCUUAGUCACUUGGAAGACAGAGAUUAAAGGGAGGAGAAAAGUGGUGGGAAUUUGUCAUCUCUAGAAAUACUUUUGUUGUAUUAAAUGAAGAGGAAUCCACUGGUAAUGCCUAUAUUUAUAUAUAUGUAAAAAAAAAAAAAAAAAAAAUUAAACCCAAUCUGCAAUUGAUCUAAAUUAAUCAAAUCUAACCCUUUACCUUUUCAAAAUGCAAAAUCAUAAAUGUUAGUGGAGGAACUGUCUUUACAUUUCUUGUACAGAAUACAGCAUGUAUGUUAAAUAGAUCUGACCACAGUUUUGUUUUAUGGGGUUUUAUGUCAAUAAAAGUGUUGUUUAUUGUGUU